GAGAUUGCCGGGAGUCUCACGCGCCACCUGUUCCUCUCUCUCUCUCCUCAUUUUCACCAUUCUCUCUUCGCAUUAUUUAAUCUCUCUCUCUCUCUCUCUCUCAUAUCGCAUUUCACGCGCCACACUCUCCCACUAUACUUCUCGGGUCUUUACUGGCCCAAUACUCAAACCCUUGCGUUGCAUCAGGUUCGUCUCAAUUUGGAUCGCUUCGUCUUCACUCUCAAAGUUUCGAUCUGGGUUUCCUUGAUUUGCAGGUUUCGGUCCAAAAAUCAACUACCCAACUCUUUCUUUUAUCUGAUUAUCAUGUAAUUGAGCUCAAAGUUAUAGACUUUCAGUGACCCAGUAUCCAGAUACUUGUGUUUUGAAAGUUGGAUUUGGCCAUGGAUAAACUCACUGAUGCAGAAGCUGCCAGUCCUUCUUUGAGUUUAUUUGCUGCAUUGUCAUAUGGGGCUGCUUCCAUGGCUAUGGUUUUCAUCAAUAAAGCUGUUCUUAUGGAGUACUCCCAUUCAAUGACACUUCUCACCAUGCAGCAAUUGGCCACUGCUUUGCUUAUACAUUUUGGUCGAAGAAUGGGAUACACGAGAUCGAGAGGACUAGAAAUGAGCACUGCCAAGAAACUUCUCCCCGUGUCGCUUUUCUAUAAUGCUAAUGUCGCAUUUGCUUUGGCCAGUCUGAAGGGAGUCAAUAUUCCCAUGUACAUUGCAAUCAAAAGACUCACACCGCUUGCUGUGCUUAUCGCUGGAUUCUUCUCUGGAAAGGGGAAACCCUCAAUACAGGUGAUUCUUUCAGUGAUAUUGACUGCUGGAGGGGUUGUCAUAGCAGCACUAGGAGACUUUUCAUUUGAUCUUUUUGGAUAUAGCUUGGCCUUGACUUCAGUUUUUUUCCAGACCAUGUACCUUGUGCUAGUGGAGAAGUCUGGUGCAGAGGAUGGGCUAUCAUCAGUUGAGAUCAUGUUCUAUAACAGCUUUCUGUCUCUUCCAUUUUUGCUAUUUCUCAUUAUAGCUACCGGAGAAUUUCCAAAUUCUUUCUCAUUACUACUUGUAAAGAGCAAAUCCAUACAUUUUUUGGUGAUCCUUAUUCUUUCAUUUGUUAUGGGCAUUGCUCUCAACUUCACCAUGUUCUUAUGUACCAUAGUCAACUCUGCUCUGACAACGACCAUAGUUGGAGUCCUAAAAGGGGUUGGGUCCACGACCCUUGGUUUUGUCUUGCUGGGUGGUGUGCAAGUACAUGGUUUGAAUGUGACUGGACUAGUUAUCAACACAGCCGGUGGAGUUUGGUAUUCAUAUGCCAAAUAUCAGCAAAGGAAGAGCAAGGCCCCAAAACGGGUAUCAGAUGUGGAGACUUACCAUAAAUGAUAUCAAUAGAAAAGAUUCCAUAUGGUUUACUAACAGCUGCUUUCUAUUGUUACGUUGUUCUUUUGCUUCUAUUUUCAUCAGAGAUGGCCAUAGUUCUUUGAAGGACAAUGAUAUAGGGAUUCAUAAACAAGUUUGAUCAACAAUAUAUCCAAAUUCACCCAAACGGUACAGAUGUUUCAAGUAAAACAAAUCCAUCAUCUGUCAAUUGCAUGGGCUUCUGUUUGAUAUAUUUGUCUGUUGUUAGGUACUUGCUGAGGAAAAGUAAGAUGGAUAAUGCAAAUGUUAAUGAUCACAUUCUUUCUGGGAAAAUGAAAGAUGAUUGCUGAAUUUUCAUCAAUGUGUAUUGUUUUUGUGGAAAUCAAACUAUAGAACUUGAGUGUGAUGAUAAUGUUGCAUUUUUGUGGUGUCACUGAAUUAGGUUCUUUUGUAAAAAAUUUGGAUGCAUUAU